CCACCACCAUCAGGGCCACAAGGAAGAACGUGACAAAAGCCCUGUUCCAUUCACCCAGCGACGAGGCAACUGUCAAACUCGAGAAGAAAUUGUUGAGCUUUUUUUCUAUAUAUUUUAAUCAUUUUUUUUUUCUUCUCACUUUUUGUCAAAACUCUUCUUUUUUUUUCUCUCUUAAUAAAUAAAUUAAAUUAAUCAUAACAUCAUGAGGGAAAUUGUUCAUCUUCAAGCUGGACAGUGUGGAAAUCAAAUUGGAGCAAAGUUUUGGGAAGUGAUCUCAGAGGAACAUGGUAUCGAUCCAGUUGGAAUCUAUCAUGGAGACAGUGACCUGCAACUUGAAAGAAUAUCUGUUUAUUACAAUGAGGCUUCUGUGGCUACAGCUCAUAGCGGUGGAAAAUAUGUGCCCCGUGCAAUUCUCCUCGAUCUUGAGCCAGGAACAAUGGACGCAGUACGUUCAGGAGCAUUUGGAAAACUCUUUCGUCCCGAUAAUUUUGUUUUUGGUCAAUCAGGCGCUGGUAAUAAUUGGGCAAAAGGUCACUAUACCGAAGGUGCAGAAUUAGUGGACUCAGUACUUGACGUUGUUCGAAAAGAAUGUGAAAAUUGUGAUUGCCUUCAGGGCUUUCAAUUGACCCAUUCGCUUGGUGGUGGUACCGGUUCUGGAAUGGGAACUCUUCUUAUUUCAAAAAUUCGCGAAGAAUAUCCCGAUAGAAUUAUGAACACCUAUUCGGUGAUGCCAUCGCCAAAGGUUUCCGAUACUGUCGUUGAACCCUACAAUGCAACCCUAUCGGUUCAUCAACUCGUUGAGAACACUGACGAAACAUAUUGUAUCGAUAAUGAAGCCCUUUAUGAUAUUUGUUUCCGUACACUCAAGGUUUCCAAUCCAUCGUACGGUGAUCUUAAUCAUUUGGUGUCAUUGACCAUGUCGGGUGUCACCACUUGUCUUCGAUUUCCAGGUCAAUUGAAUGCUGAUCUUCGUAAACUUGCCGUCAAUAUGGUUCCAUUUCCUCGGCUACAUUUCUUUAUGCCUGGCUUUGCACCUCUUACAUCGAGAUCAAUGCAACAAUAUUCGGCGCUCUCGGUGCCCGAAUUGACACAACAAAUGUUUGAUGCAAAAAAUAUGAUGGCGGCUUGUGAUCCAAGACAUGGUAGAUAUUUGACGGUAGCGGCAGUAUUUCGUGGUAGAAUGUCAAUGAAAGAGGUUGACGAACAGAUGCUUAGUGUUCAAAAUAAAAAUAGUUCAUAUUUCGUUGAAUGGAUACCUAAUAAUGUGAAGACGGCUGUUUGCGAUAUUCCACCAAAGGGAUUGAAAAUGUCUUCAACAUUCAUUGGAAAUACAACGGCCAUACAGGAAUUAUUCAAGAGAAUUUCAGAACAAUUCACUGCUAUGUUUAGGAGAAAGGCUUUUCUACAUUGGUACACUGGUGAGGGAAUGGAUGAAAUGGAGUUUACCGAAGCAGAAUCGAAUAUGAAUGAUUUGGUCUCGGAAUAUCAACAGUAUCAGGAAGCCACAGCUGAAGAGGAUUUUGAAGUUGAAGAGGGUGGUGAUGAUUUUGAAACAUGUGAACAAGAGUAAAAAUUGCAUUAAAUUCGGUGGAAUUGAAGAUGUUUAGCGUAUUCUCAAGUUUCAUGUUUGUGUUUAUCCUGCUAAGAUGAACAAUGUUAAUAAGCAAAAUUUUUUAUAUUUUAGAAGAGUCGACUGAAAU